CGAGAGGUUCUAGAUUUUGUAUCUCACCAUGAGGGUAACCAUUGUGAUUGGUUGGUGUUUGGUUGCUAUGGUAGCCGCUGCUCCACAGGACACUGUGCUGAAAGAACUGGAGGAAGAUCUACAGCGAGCAUUCAAGUUAGGAGGAGAGCUACAUCUGGACAAGAAAAAUGCCGGUUUCAGUGGUCUUUCGGAGGGUCAGAAACAGGACUUGGUCGAUUACCAUAACAAAGCUAGAUCAGAGGUUUCCCCGAGAGCCGCUAACAUGUUAAAAAUGUCAUGGAGUAACGAACUUGCUACUGUAGCUCAGAGCUACGCUGAGAGAUGUGUCUGGUCACAUAAUGCUGCCAGGUCAGAUGCCCCAUCAUUCAGCUAUGUUGGCGAGAACCUUUUCCUGACAUCCGGAACAUAUAACGGAGAAGGCGUGGUCGACUCAUGGGUCAGUGAAGUGAAGAAUUACAACUACGCCACACUAGGCUGCACAUCAGUGUGUGGUCACUAUACACAGGUUGUGUGGCAUGAUUCAGAGUUCGUUGGGUGUGGUGCCGCGCGUUGUAACUCCGUCUCGGGACUAAGCAGUGGUUGGACCAAUUCUGUUAUAGUCGUUUGUAACUAUGGAAAAGGUGGUAACUACCGUGGAGCCACGCCCUAUACCCAGGGAAAGUCGUGUUCAUCGUGUCCCAGCGGCAAAGUAUGUCAGAACAGGUUGUGUGCUAAUCCCGGGGACAAUGGAAACUUUGAACCCAGUAACGACAGCAGUGGCAGCUCAACCUGUAACUGAUCACAUGUUCUGGACAUUUGGCCGAAGCCGUGACAAAGAAGCGUUACACACAUCUACAACUCUACAGUGUCCAUUCUUGAAUUUUACUUAUAUACCAUGGUAUGUCUGCCACUCUGUAUUUUGUAUCUCUCCUGUUACUAGUUAGAUAAUAAACAAUUUUGCAGUACAAAUUAAUUUGCGAUUCAUAUGAACGUUGUUACCGUUGAUUGUUGUCUGAUCGACGAUUUC